AAUCAAAGAUCUUAGAGGACGGAUGUGUGUUUUGCAGAUCCCUAAGCGAGAGGCGGCUGGUUGGACAGUGCAGGGAUCGGUCCUUUGGUUGUUGUUCUCUUGCCUUUCAUUAUGUCCACGAAGCCGGCUUUACUUAUGAGGCUACUGGCGUCGUCCUUCGCGAUUGCAGAGAAGGCGCAGAUGAUCAUUCACCAAGUACUGAGUGGAGGGAAUUUGAACAUCGUGGAGAAGACUGGAGCCAAUGACCUACAAACAAAAGCCGAUCGAUUGGUGCAACAAAGCAUCUGCUUAUCACUGGCACGUAAAUUCCCCAAUUUAACUAUAAUUGGGGAGGAGGAUUUGCCUUUCCAAGAAAUUGAUGAAGAUUUAAUUGAAAGUGGCCAAUGUGAAGAAGUGUUGAAGUACUCCUGUCCAGUUCAGUACAGCCAUUUCAAGGAAGAAGAGAUAGUGGUUUGGGUCGAUCCUCUUGAUGGUACAAAGGAAUUCACUGAAGGCUUUUUAGAUCAUGUGACUGUGCUUAUUGGAAUUGCUUGUGGAGGUAAAGCAAUAGCUGGCGUGAUCAAUCAGCCAUAUUACAAUUAUCAGGCUGGAGCUGAUGCUGUGGUUGGUCGGACCAUUUGGGGGGGUUUGAAUCUUGGAGUCUUUGGAAUUAAGGUGAAAGAAGUACCAGCAGGAAAACAUAUUGUCACUACAUCCCGUUCCCACAGCAACAAGCUAGUCAAUGACUGUAUCAGUGCAAUGAAUGUUGAUGAAGUAAUAAGAGUUGGAGGAGCAGGCAAUAAGGUUUUACAACUUAUAGAAGGGAAGGCUUCAGCUUAUAUAUUUGCUAGUCCAGGCUGUAAGAAAUGGGACACUUGUGCCCCUGAGGCUAUCCUUCAUGCUCUUUCAGGUAAAUUGACAGACAUUCAUGGGAAUUCUUUCCAAUAUCACAAAGAUGUGAAGCAUGUAAACUCGGCUGGAGUCCUUGCAACGUUGACGAAUUUUGAUUAUUAUGCAAGUCGUGUUCCCGAGUCUGUUAAAAAGGCCCUUAUUCCAUAAAAAAUGUAUAAUCUGAAUAA